AUAUUGAACCUAACAAGAUUGAGAUCGUGAUAUGCUUCGGUUGUUGUGACUUAUUCAAGCACAAACACACAUCUUAACAAUCAAUGUUCAUCACACAGAUAACUAACCAAAUCAAGUGGUGAAAGUCUAAUAUAUGAAGAGCUUUAAAACACCUUUCAAGGGUAUUGUAGAUGAUUUUAGGGGAAGAGCAGUACACUAUAAAGAUGAUUGGAUUUCUGGUCUCACUUCUGGAACCGGGAUAUUGGCACCGACUAUGUAUAUUUUCUUUGCUUCUGCUCUACCUGUUAUUGCCUUCGGCGCGCAGCUCAGUAGGGAAACAGAUGGAAGCUUAAGCACUGUGGAAACACUGGCUUCUACAGCCAUUUGUGGAAUCAUACACUCCAUUUUUGGUGGACAACCUCUCCUAAUACUAGGAGUGGCAGAACCCACUAUCCUUAUGUACACAUAUUUGUACAAUUAUGCCAAAAAUAAGGAAGGUUUGGGAAGAGAACUCUUUUUGGCUUGGGUAGGAUGGGUUUGUGUAUGGACUGCUCUAUUGCUAUUUCUUUUAGCAAUAUUCAAUGCUGCCAUUAUCAUCAACAGAUUUACAAGAAUUGCUGGCGAGCUUUUUGGCAUGUUGAUUACAGUCUUAUUCAUUCAAGAAGCUAUUGAUGAGUGUUGA